AUUUGCGCUCAGUCUGUGUUAAAAUCUUCCGGCUGAGAGGGCUGAAAAUUUUGAUGUACGACUUGGUGAUAGUUUAAUAAAAGUUGCAUACAAAGUUAAAAUACUGCAAUAAAAAACGCGUAAAUAUGGCAGUGAGAUUAAUAAACGCACAGGCACAGGUGUGCAAACUGGGCAAAAAUGUCGUGGAUCCCAUGGUGCGUCAGUUCCAUGCUUCCUGCUACACCGCCUCCAAGGUGGCGUUGUCCAAAUUCGAUUCGGACGUCUAUCUGCCCUACGAUAAGCUAAGCAAGCGUCUCGACAUCGUGAAAAGCCGCCUUAACCGCCCUCUGACAUUGUCCGAGAAGGUUCUGUACUCCCAUUUGGAUGAUCCAGCCAAUCAGGAUAUUGUGCGCGGCACAUCCUAUCUGCGUCUGCGUCCCGAUCGUGUGGCUAUGCAGGAUGCCACUGCUCAGAUGGCUCUGCUGCAGUUCAUUUCUUCGGGUCUGAAGAAGGUCGCCGUUCCAUCCACGGUGCACUGUGAUCACUUGAUUGAGGCACAGAUUGGUGGUCCCAAGGAUUUGGCUCGUGCCAAGGAUCUGAAUCGUGAGGUCUACGACUUUUUGGCAUCCACCUGUGCCAAGUACGGUCUGGGCUUCUGGAAGCCAGGCAGUGGCAUCAUCCAUCAAAUCAUCUUGGAGAAUUAUGCCUUCCCCGGUCUGCUGAUGAUAGGUACUGACUCGCACACGCCCAAUGGCGGUGGUCUUGGUGGCCUUUGCAUUGGUGUGGGCGGCGCUGAUGCCGUCGACGUCAUGGCUGACAUCCCCUGGGAGCUGAAGUGCCCCAAGGUUAUUGGUGUCAACCUCACUGGCAAGAUUAGCGGCUGGACUUCGCCUAAGGACGUCAUCUUGAAGGUGGCCGAUAUUCUGACUGUUAAGGGCGGCACUGGUGCCAUCAUUGAGUACCACGGCAAGGGUGUUGACUCCAUCUCUUGCACGGGCAUGGCCACCAUCUGCAACAUGGGUGCUGAGAUCGGUGCCACUACAUCUCUGUUCCCCUUCAACCAGCGCAUGGCCGAUUACCUGAAGUCGACUGGACGCAGCGGUAUUGCCGCCGAGGCACAGAAGUACCAGAGCAAGUUGCUGUCUGCUGACAGCAACUCCGAGUACGAUGAAUUGAUUGAAAUCAAUUUAGAUACACUGGAACCCCAUGUCAAUGGCCCCUUCACACCCGAUUUGGGUCAUCCCAUCAGCAAACUGGGCGCCAACUCCAAGAAGAACGGUUACCCAUUGGACAUCAGAGUUGGUCUGAUUGGCUCUUGCACCAACUCCUCGUACGAGGAUAUGGGUCGCUGUGCCAGCAUUGCUAAGGAUGCCAUGAGCCACGGUCUGAAGUCGAAGAUUCCCUUCAAUGUCACCCCCGGAUCGGAGCAGAUUCGUGCCACCAUCGAACGUGAUGGCAUUUCUGAGGUCUUCGAUAAGUUUGGCGGCACUGUGCUGGCCAACGCUUGUGGUCCCUGCAUCGGUCAGUGGGAUCGUAAGGAUGUGAAGAAGGGCGAUAAGAACACCAUUGUCACCUCGUACAAUCGUAACUUCACCGGUCGCAAUGACGCCAAUCCCGCUACUCAUUGCUUCGUUACCAGCCCCGAACUGGUCACAGCUCUGUCGAUUGCCGGUCGUUUGGACUUUAAUCCGUUGACGGACGAGCUCACCGGUGCCGAUGGCAAGAAGUUCAAGUUGAAGGCUCCCUUCGGCGAUGAGCUGCCCGCCCGUGGUUUCGACCCCGGCCAGGACACCUACACUGCUCCACCAACUAGCGGCGACAACGUUAAGGUGGCUGUUGAUCCCAAUUCGACCCGUCUGCAGUUGUUGGAACCCUUCGACAAGUGGAAUGGUAAAGAUCUGACCGACUUGACUGUGCUCAUUAAGGUCAAGGGCAAGUGCACCACCGAUCACAUCUCGGCCGCUGGUCCCUGGCUGAAGUUCCGUGGCCAUUUGGACAACAUCUCCAACAACAUGUUCAUUGGCGCCACCAACUCCGAAAACAACGAAAUGAACAACAUCAAGAACCAGCGCACUGGCAGCUGGGGCAAUGUGCCUGAGGUCGCUCGUGACUACAAGGCCAACAACAUCAAGUGGGUCGCUGUCGGUGAUGAGAACUACGGUGAGGGCUCGUCUCGCGAGCAUGCCGCUCUGGAGCCACGUCAUUUGGGCGGUCGCGCCAUCAUUGUGAAGUCAUUUGCUCGCAUCCACGAGACGAACCUGAAGAAGCAGGGUCUGUUGCCCCUGACCUUCGCCAAUGCCGCUGAUUACGAUAAGAUUCAACCCACGAGCAAGAUUUCACUGCUCAACCUGAAUGGCCUGGCACCUGGCAAGCAAGUCGAAUGCGAGAUCAAGAACGGCGACAAGGUCGAGAAGAUCAAGCUAAACCAUACGCUCAAUGACCUGCAGAUUGGUUGGUUCAAGGCUGGCAGUGCCCUCAACCGUAUGAAGGAGUUGGCCAAAUAAGUUACUUACCCCCUCUUCCGACAGACAGACAUACACACACCCGCACCCAGCACGCUCACUCACACAUAGAUACUUAUACAAAUAACCGACUUAAAACGCAAGCAAUCUAAUUAUGGUAUUGUUCUUUUAUUUCGUUUUUUUUAAUGAUUUUAAUCAGUGUCAAAGUGCUAAUAGUUAACGAUGUAAGCGAAACAGUUUUAUAUACAACAUUAUACAUUAUAUACGAAAAAUCUUAUUUUAAAUUGCUUCGACUAUAUAGAUGAAUUUUGUUUUCUUGCGAAUUUGUUUGCUGACCAUGCGAAUAAAAUUGAUAGUACUACGAGUAUGUAUGAAAAAAAAACAAAUCAACUCUAGUUAUUUUACUUAAUUUUCAAAGUGGCAUUGCAUCAUUUCUGAAGCGGACAAUAAGUGGCAAGCACGAUCCUACCUCGCCCCUCCCAUUAUUCAAUUAACAUUUGUUUAAAUUAAUUGUAUCAAUUAUGAAAUAUUUAAAAUUACAUAUAGAUUGUUAGCGAUAUUAAACAAAUAAAAUGUCAAAAUCGA